UGGAGCUGAAAUUAAUUAGAUUUAUUUUAUUCUGUACAGGACACUAUCUGAGUGUUGUGAAUGAAUUCGUGAAUUCUAGGAAGAGUUUGUAAUGGAACAGGGUAACAGCAACAUUAGAGUGAUCAGGAUCUAGGAACAGAGAUGUCAAAUGUAUUGCUGGAACCGGGGGGACUUUGGUUUUGCUUAGCAGUGACAUAAUUAAUACACUGGUGAUGGGCUUGCAGUCCUCUGCGCGCAUCGAUGUGAUCUGAUCGAUAAAGCUCAGGACUGGGAAGACCUGGAUUCUCGCUUCUGACUCUGCCUUCCACAGAAAUGUUUUUCUUUGCACUUCAUUUUUCCCGCUGUUUCAUUUUGAAAAUUCAUGUGGGAUGAGAAUUUUUAUUGCUGUUUAAUUUCUCUAACAGCAAUUUUUUUACUUUUAUAUGCAAGAUUGAGAUGAGAAUGGGGAUUUAAAGACCAGUGUAUACCAGCAGGUGGCAUAGAAAAAGAUUUCGUGGUUGUUUUAGGUGUUUUUUUGAUUAGGUAUUUCUUUUAAGAAGCUAUUUCAGUUGGGUUUCCAGAGCCACCUUCAGUUUUGAGGUUCGUAUGCUGCCGUUAAGCCGAGAUGUUCCAUAGCUGACAUCCUCUGUACUUUCUCUGGGCAGCUUACAGGGCUGUAAGAUGUCCUAAAGAAAAAUGUAUUUAGGAUGAAUAUUUUUCAAAAUAUGUUUAUUUGGCCUGCCCAACAGCGUGCAACUACCCUAUCUUUUAUGGUGCAGCUAAGUUAAUUUGAAGAUGUAUAAAGAACUUAGUCUCAGGACAAGUUCCCAUGAUAUGCUCUGUUCAUACCAGAAACCUGACCAGGUAUUCUACAGAUGACAAAGUAAGAAUUAUUUUCCUAUACCUAGCAAUUAGGAAAAUAUAUCACUUUGCUUCCUCUUAUCUCUAAUUCUGAAUAAUACACAAUUCCCAAAUGUCUCUUUAAUCAUUAACAGGUGUCUCACCAUCAUCUUGGCAGUUCCGCGUUUUACCUGUUAAUGGACAAUGAGGCGCUGCGCUUUGCAGCUGCGAUGGCAUUAGCUUUUGUAAAUACACCGAGCAAACAUGACCGCCUGAGAAACGUGAACACCUGUUGCAGCCAUGAUGCCUGUUGCCACCGUGAUGCCUGAUGACACACCGAUGUUUGACCCAAAUAUUCUGCACGAACUUGACUGGAGCGAGAACACGACGACGUUUUCUCCCGCUAUUUCUCCUUUAGAUCCAGGAGAUGGUCUAGUUUUGAGACCGCUUUGCACGGCUGAUUUAAAUCGAGGCUUUUUUAAGGUUCUGGGUCAGCUGACCGAAACUGGAGUUGCAAGCCCGGAGCAGUUUAUCAAAACCUUUGAGCACAUGAAGAGGUCUGGAGAUUACUACGUUACUGUAGUAGAAGACACAAAUCUUGGACAGAUUGUUGCUACGGCAACGCUGGUGAUAGAACAUAAAUUCACUCACUCCUGUGCAAAGAGAGGAAGGAUAGAAGAUGUAGUAGUAAGCGGGGAGUGCAGAGGAAAGCAGCUGGGUAAACUAUUAACAUCCACCCUGACACUGCUAAGUAAGAGACUGAACUGUUACAAAAUUACACUUGAGUGUCUGCCAAAAAAUGUGGAUUUCUAUAAGAAGUUUGGCUAUUUGGUAUCUGAAGAAAACUACAUGUUUCAACGGUUCUUUAAUUAAGAACUUCCAGUCUUUUUUUUUUUUUUUUUGGUAAAGACUGUUGGUGGAGGAGCUUGUGCUACAAACAUUCUCUUCGUGGAAAAUUUAUAGUUUAUUGCUGCAAAUAUAACAAUCCCUAUAAAUAAUGAACAUCAAAUGUGUAAAUCCUACAGAAAAAAAAUUACUGACGUUUUGGAAGGGUCCUUUGGGUUAGGAAAUAAGUGCUUAGAACUAAUUUUUACUACUGUUCAGUCUAAGUGAAGCUUUUUUGUUCUAGCUGAGUUACAAAGGACUCUUGUUAAAGGGAUGGUUUUUAACCAAAGGUCUAUAUUUUUAUCUCAAAUUUUUUCUUGCAUUGUAUUUUUCUAAAGGUUUGCGCUUCUUUUCUGGGUAGUUGAAGUGCAGCUCACGGGGUGGCUCUGGCUGUACUUUGCAGAAGGAGGAUGUGGCUUGGGUAGGGAUGAUGCUUCUCGCACAGGAUUAGUGACACGGAAUGGGCGGUUGUUUCGUCCUUUCUGCGGAAGCUCCCUGAAAUGCUGUUGAUGUUUGCGUACCUAAACUUUUAUAGGCACUAUUUUAAUCUGAAUUUGUUACUACUUGUGCGGGUAGGGGAGAAUCCUUAUGGGCUAUGCUAAAGCUGAUGUUCCGAGUGUAAAAAUGGACGUGUACUUCUCACUGCAGUGGUCCUGCACUUUAGCUGAUAACUUUGUUUUCAGGAUAAUUACAUGUUUUCUGACUAGCCCAAUGGUUUGCGACAGGGCAACCAGAAUGUCCCUGUCCUGAGCAGGGCUCUGCCUAGUGCUCAGUGGGAAUGUGAUUUGGGAUUCAGCUUCCCCCAGCUGUACUCAAACUCCUGAGGGCCAGGGGGGCUCUGCUGGUGACAGGGAAAUCCCAAGGGAUUGUUGCUGCUCUGGAGCAUCCCUCUUGCUAUAAGAUUGGAUAAAUGAUUUUAGCACUUUUGCCAGUGAUGGCAAGCAAAUAACGUACAAAGCCCUGGUUUCAACAGUAGCGUUUUGUGCGGGGAGAGUGACAAAUCCUAUGUCUAUGAAUAGGGCAUUAUAAAUACGUGAAGGUUCGUACAGAACAGCCAGUCUCGUUUGUGAACAGUUCAGCCUCACAAAAUGUUCUUUCCUUGUGGUGUGGAGAGCUACUUUAAGCUGUGGGGGGGGUUAUAUUUAAUAGUCCUGAUGGUACUCCACUCAAUAUAGUGUUCCCUUGGUGAUGUCUGUUUUAUUUAUUGAUUAUUUUUUUAAAAAAAAAUCUUUAAGCUGAAUAAAUGAAGACU